AAGUUCGGAGCGAAAGCGAAACGACGGGAGUGGCCCUUCACUCAAUCUGGAAGCCAUGGAAGACUAUCUACCAAAUGAAUAUGAUGUCGUCGUCGUAGGGACGGGUAUGACGGAAUCUAUUGUCGCAGCAGCUGCAAGUAGAAUCGGUAAAAAGGUCCUUCACCUAGACAGUGAUGAAUAUUAUGGUGGCCUAUGGGCAACAUUUAAUUUUGAUGGUCUACAGAAAUGGAUAGAGGACCUAAAAGUUUCCAAAAAUAAUACUAAAUAUGUAUCUGAAGUAGAUUUAGAAUCUGAAGAAAAGUUUUUAGAAACUAGUAAUGAAUAUUCGACUGUUGAAAAUAUUGAGGAAACUUGGUAUAUUUCAAAUGAUGCUGAUCUACCAGUAGUGUCUUCAAAAGAUACUCAAACAGAUAGUAUUGGAGAUGGUAGUAGUAGUGGUGAUGAAAAAGCAGAUGACGAUAAAGUUGAAAAAAAAGAAAAUGUAAAACAAUGGAGUAUAGAUCGUAUAAGAAAAGAAUACAGGAAGUUUAAUAUUGACUUAGCACCAAAGUUGUUAUUUGCACGAGGUGAAUUAGUUGAGCUUUUAAUCUCCAGUAAUAUUGCUCGCUAUGCGGAAUUUCGCGCAGUAUCCAGAGUAGCUACAUUCAUGGAUGGGAAACUGACACAAGUACCUUGCUCAAGAGCUGAUGUAUUUGCAAAUAAAACUGUUAGUGUUAUUGAGAAAAGAAUGUUAAUGCAACUGCUCACUUCAUGCAUGGAACAAGGAGCUGAUAGUCCAGAAUUCGAUGGAUUUCGUGAUAAAACCUUCUUAGAAUAUUUAAACACAAAAAAUUUAACACCAAUUGUACAACAUUAUGUUGUUCAAGCAAUUGCUAUGGCUACUGAAAAAACUUCCUGUAGAGAUGGUGUGAAUCGCACAAAACAUUUUUUGAAUAGUCUUGGACGAUAUGGAAAUACACCCUUUCUUUGGCCUAUGUAUGGUAGUGGUGAAUUACCUCAAUGUUUUUGCAGAUUAUGUGCAGUAUUUGGAGGAGUUUAUUGUCUAAAGAGACAACUUGAUGGUAUAGUAAUACAUAAAAACAAAUGCAAAGCUAUCAUUAGUGGUAAACAAAGAAUAAGUUUGGAACACUUAGUUGUUGGUCAAGGCCAUUUGCCACCAGAAGUUGUAGCUUCUGAAGGAGAUCAACGAAUAUCACGUGGAAUCUUCAUUACUGACAGGUCAAUUAUGCAAGGUGAAAAGGAAAAUUUGACACUUUUAUAUUAUCCUCCAGAACAACCUGAUCAAGAACCUGUUACAUUGAUUGAAUUGGGACCAUCUACAAAUGCUUGCCCUCAAGGAUUGUUUAUGGUUCAUAUGACAUGUAAACAAACAACAAAUGCAAAAGAAGACUUGGCCUAUGUUGUCAAUAAAUUUUUAAAAGCAGAACCUCUUGAUCCAUUAGCUAUUCGUUCAUCUAUUCAUAGCCAUACACAAACUGUUUCUCCAGAUAAAAGACAUCUCCAGGAAGGUGAUCAAGAUGGCAGAGAAGAAUCUACAGAAAACCCAAAACCUCAAGUUUUAUGGUCAUUAUAUUUAAAUUUACCUGCAAGUGAUAUUAAGUUGAAUGAUUCUACGCCUAGUAAUCUUCAUCUGUGUUCAGGUCCAGAUUUAGAACUUGAUUUCGAUUUUGCUGUUAAUCAGGCGAAGAGCAUCUUUCAAUCUAUGUAUCCUGAUCAAGAUUUCCUUCCUCGUGCACCUGAUCCAGAAGAAAUCGUUCUUGAAGGAGAAGAAACACCAGGACCGAAAUUUGAGGGAGAUACAGAGGCUGAAGAAAAACAGGAUGUCGAGAAACCAGAGAAAGAGGAUUAAAUAAUCUUUUUUCGUCUUUUCAUCUUGAAAACACGAGCCAGCUCCCUUAGCCGCACACCUCUUUCUAUCCAAAGUUACAUGCGCCUUCUUUCGUUUGAAAGUCGAAAAAGCUUUAUUCGAAUAAUUAACGAACAAAUUUUUGCAAAAAAUUAAAUUGUCAAUUAUCUAGAUUGUGAAUAUUUAUGCUAAUUCAUAUUUUUAUGAAUAUAAUUAAAGAAGUGGAACUUAAACAAUUGUUUCAUCCACUAAGUAUUAUAAGAAAUAAUUUACUUUAAAUAUUGUAUAUAUUUUUUUAUAUAUUAUGUGUAUUCUCUACAUCUUUAUAUUUUUAAAUUUUCUAUAAAUGCAUAAAAAUUCGCAAGCUAGUCUUCUAAUUAUGUCUGUAAGUGCUAGAUAUUAUAUGAUGUAAUUUUAUAUAAUUUAAAUAAUUAUUUAAAUUAAAGAAAUUAUUUUAUUUAUUUCAAUAUAAUUAUGUAAAUUUGUUUUACCUAGCACUCUUUGUAAAUGAGAUUGUUUAAAGUAUUUUUAUUUUUUUGAAUAAUAUUUAUUCAAAUAAUUUAAAAUUUGUUCGUAGAUUUUCGAAUAAAAUUUCACUUGAUAGGCGCUCAAGUCUGCGUUACACUCGCUCUUUUAUUAAAUUACGGAUCAAUUGGCCGAAAGCAUUAGUUUUUCUUUCUUCCUUUUCUGGUCACACAAAUUUGUUUUACAAUAUUAAGUUUCGAGGAAGUGAAAUGUAGUUUUAUAAUAAUACAUAAGAGAGAUGUGGAAGAACUCUGAAAUGAAGAAUGAGUAAUAUUUGUAAACUAAUUCUUCAUUAAAUUAUAUUAUAUUUAAUAAUAAUUAAAGAAAUUACAUAUGAAAUUUUAAUAAUUUAUAAAUAUAAUUGAUUUAUAAUUUAAUCGUAAAUAAUAAUAUUGAUAUAAUUUAAUAUCGAUUAUGUUUAUAAGUUAUAAAUUUGUAAAAUAUAAUGAAAAAAAUAAUUAUUUUAAUAAAAAUUUCAUUAAUUUUAUUUUUUCUGGUCACAAAAAUAUAAAAAAAUACAUAAUUCCACGUUUCUCUAUUAUAUCAAUAUAAAAUAAAAGAUAUUCUAAUGUCUUUUAUCAGAUUAUUAAUACGUAUUAUACAUCACAUUAGUAUUUAUUACUCAUUAUAUUGCAUAGCAUAGUUUACUCAUUAUAUAUUGUUAGCGUAAGAACAAAUUUAAACUGCGAAAAUCAAUCGUUCCUCGACUAUUUAUUUAUUUUUUGAAUUAUUUAAUUAUUAUAAUUUGUUUUAAUAAUUACUAUCAUGUAAUUUUUAUUAGAUUUCAAUAUUUUCUCAAUUUUAAUUGUAAUAACUUUUUAUUUGAACAAUAUUACAUCAAUUUUAUAUUAUUAUUAUUAUUACUUUUAUAUACAUACACUAUGAUUUUCUAAAUAAUUUUCAUUAUUAUUUGUUUAUUAAAAUUUAAAUUUAGUUUUCUUAUUUGUUUCAUUAAUUUGAACUUCAUCUAAAUAAUUCAAUCCAAUAUUAAUUUAAAAUAUUUAAUAUUAAUUUUUAUUUAAUUUCUUAUUUUAUAUUUUUUAGAAACUUUUUUUUUAAAUAAUCAUAUUUUUAAUACUUUUAUAAGUUAAUGAAAUAAUGAAAGAAAAGAAGAACUGCUAUCGGCUAGUUCCACCCGUACAUUAUAAAAAUUUUUAGACACAUUGAUCGUAGGGCGGCUUGGAUGUCAGAAGUGAUAAUCUUUUUCUCGCCGUUACUGCUUCGAUGUGCGUGCAUUUAUUUGCAUUUAACUGAUACGCCGUAUUCAGCAUUGAAAUACAGUAAACUGAUACGAACUGAAA